AGGUGAGCGGCAGGGGGAGGAGGGGGAGAGGGAGAGGGCGCUCUGGCUUGGUUUCCAUGGCCCACCAGGAGCUCCCCACUGGGGUCCCCGGUCACCAGCUGCUGUCUCUCUUUGAUGUCUUCCUCAAAAUGUCAGCUCUCUUGAUGGUUCUCAGGGCUAUUAUGAAUUUAUUCAACAAUCAAGGAAUCUUUGGGUCAUUUUUUAGGGAUUUUAUGUCAAGGGGGCUCUACAUGUGUUUAUUCAGUCUAUCAUCUUUACCCAAUACCUUUGUUUUUGGACCGAUUCUGUACAACAGAACAGCCGGGCCGGUGGCCUGCAAGUUCCAGGGUUUGAGAGGUUUGCCCUCCAGAAAGCCGGUGAUGAUUGGGCUUCUCACAGGACGUGGUACACUGUCCCUGAGCCCGCUCUAACUCGCCAGGUGCAGAGCUUCAGCCAGCAGCAGAAGCAGAGCAGUGGGCAGUGGUGGAGGUAGAGCUGGCUCCAGCUCCGUUGACACCACCCUCUCUAGCACUGGAGCCAGUGUCCCCUCCAUCAGCAGUGUUGGAGCUAGAGCAAGGGCCGACAUCGGCUGCAGCAGGAGUGGGAGCUGCUGAGCUGGAGUCACCUGGACCAUCAUUUCUAGUGGGAAGUCCAUCUCCACCUGUGGCUAAGAAGCAUGAGAAGAAGCCCAACCUACGGCCUUCCCUCCUAAGCUGGUGGUGGAGCAGUUGACCGUGAUGGAUGCGACCGUAGAGGUGGACACUAACAGGACCUGCUGCACAGAGUGGUUGUGCCGGCUCCAUGAGGAGUUCGAGAUCCUGAAGAACUUGUCCUCGCCCCGCACUGUCAUCUCUGCUCUGCAGAAAACAUCCAUAUGCCACUUGAAGAACACAUGGGGGAAGUUUCCUGGAGGGGCCCUCCACGUUUGCCCCCCGGAGAGCAACCCCCAGAGAGUGCAGGAGAAGCAGCAGCAGCAGCAGGGUGUUGUCCCCUAUCUUGGCACUUUCCUCGGUGACCUGCAGAUGCUGCACCUGGAGAUGGGAAUACCGAGUCAUGAGGGAGAUCCUGCUGCUCCAGGUCGCUGCAAAGAAUUAUAACAAGACCCCAAGGAGUGAUUUGGGGCCUGGUUCCAGGACACGGAGCUGCUCAACGAGAAUGAGUGAGGCCGGGCAGGAGUUGGGUGAGGGCAGGGGUGGAUUCUCCCUGUUGGCCAGUCCAGAGAGCCUGUCUCAGUGGCCCCCUGGUCAGCCCCAGGCCUUAUGGCAUGGCGACCUCUGGGACACCCAGACCCCAACUGCUGAGGUUUCUUUUGACCAAAUUUUAGGAACUUUUAGUUUUCUAGUUGAAUCUCUGGAAUUGCAUCAGCUGUAAGUGGGGAAACCAAUGUAAAAAGAUCAAAACAUGCAUGUUGAGAGGACAAGGCCCGAGGAAGAUCAUUUGAAAAUGGACUAAAGGCAGGCAGGACUUUCCCUCCUGAGACCCCUCUAGGGGCUCCGUGUUCACCCGUAACCUAGAUUUGAAUCCUGCUGGGAUCCUUGUACAGGACUCUGAAUUCCUUUUCCUGCUUGAUUUGUAUCCAGGAGGAACGAUUUCUGAUGCAGCUUUUAAGGCUACUGUUGGGCCUUGUUACAUAAACAUGACUGCUCCCUGUGAACUAGGAUUCUCAGCACCCCUGCCUUCCUUAUGCAAUUCCCUUUAGGGCAGAAAUUCCCUAGAAGGCCCCAGGCCUCCUCCCUGGCUUGGCCUGAUGGAUCCCGAGUGAGCUCUGCUUUCCCAGGAUAAGGGACCGUAAUCCUGGCCAGUCAGUGACCCCACAUUGUCCCUUGCUGUCCAAGGUGAAUUCUGAGCUCGUGUCCUUCUGAGGUCCAAGGUCUUGGGCAAUCCUCCAGUUUACACACUCAGUGUUGGUGUUCUGAACUCGUCCAAAUGGGGUAAUUGGGCCCAAGUCAUUAAAGUGUGUCACCCCUGGGUGGCUGUGUUUUUUUCCCCA